UUAAGUGAAGAAGAAAUGUCUCCAAAUAUACCGAGAUGGUCUUUCCUGGCUGCUCAGAUUUGAUGUCUGUGGUUUGAAGCCUGUUGCCCAGUAGAUUCUGGGAAUCGCAGGGCAGGGGCCUGGGUAAUAGCUGCCAGCCCCUGGGCUGGGUACCUGCCCUCUCAAGCUUGUGUCCUGGGGCUGUGUGCUCAGACCUGACCAUGUUUGGGCAUGGAGGCCCGUCUCAGACGAGAACCAAAGGCCGCUUCCCCAGAGACGGGCUGGGAGCCCAAACUUCCUGCUGCAGCUCAGGCAGCCUCUCUGGGGUGGGGGCUGGGGACCAGGCAGAAAAGGGUCUGCCGAAGACUCGCAGGGCACCCAGGAGACUAAAUGUCUGCUGUCCCCAGUGGCCAUGGGAAAGAAGCUGGUGAUGGCCCAGAAGCGGGGAGAGACUCGAGCCCUCUGCCUGGGAGUGGCCAUGGUAGUGGGCGCAGUCAUCACCUACUACAUCCUAGGCACAACUGUGCUGCCCCUCUAUCAGAAAAGCGUGUGGACCCAGGAAUCCACGUGUCACCUGAUUGAGACCAACAUCAGGGACCAGGAGGAGCUGGAGGGCAAGAGGGUGCCCCAGUACCCAUGCCUGUGGGUCAACGUGUCAGCCGUGGGCCGCUGGGCCGUGCUGUACCACACGGAGGACACCCGGGACCAGAACCAGCAGUGCUCCUACAUCCCAAGCAGCCUGGACAACUACCAAGUGGCCCGGGCUGACGUGGAGAAGGUCAGAGCCAGGUUCCACGAGCACCAGGACUUCUUCUGCUUCGCCACGACUCGGGAGAACGAGAGCAGCGUCCUGUACCGGCGCCUCUAUGGGCCCCAGAGCCUCCUCUUCUCGCUCUUCUGGCCCACCUUCCUGCUGACCGGCGGCCUGCUCAUUAUCAUCAUGGUGAAGAUCAACCAGUCCCUGUCCAUCCUGGCAGCCCAGAGGUAGAUCCACGCGCGCCCCGUCACCUCUCGGGCCACAGGGGCCUGGAUGGACCCCGGGGCCGCUCCCGCUUGGGUCCCAUGCUCCCUCUGCUGCCUUCGCUCCCUCACCCUCCAGUGCUCUGCCUUCUGCUGCACAGAUGGCCUUCAGGAAAUCCCUUAGUUAAGUCAUUUCCUGCUCAAGACUGUUCAGUGGCUCCUCAGGACCCAGGGGAACUGAAGGUCAACCGUGAUGGUUCUCCAUCGCUGACCCCACUCAACUGACUCCAAUCUGUUUUCUGCGGUUCCACUGUCCACUGGACUGAUGCCAAUGGUUCUUACUUCUGUGCCUGCGUCUCGGAGGUUGUCUCAAAGACCUGCUGGUCCCUCCUAGGAAGCGCUCCCUGACAAGCCUCCAUUCCUUCUUUGAAUUCCAAAGUGAAAACAACAGCACAUUCAUUAGUGGGACAUUGCUUGUUUUCAGCAUUCUCAGAUCUGUAUACUUUCUCAUGCCAAUAUUAACAAAUAUAGGGACAAACUUCCAGUCUUAAACUCAUGGGGAUAUAACUACAACAUGGUGACAAUAAUUAGUAAUACUUUCCUGCAUAUUUGAAAGUUGCUAAGAGAGUAGAUCUUAAAAGCUCUCAUCAUAAGAAAAAAAACUGUCGCGAUGUGUGGAGAUGGAUGUUAACUAGAACCUUUUGUGGUGAUGAUUUUGUAAUACAUACAGAUAUUGAAUCAUUUUGUUACACACUUGAAAACUAAUAUAAUCUUAUAUAUUGAUUAUACCUCAAAAAAUCAAAUAUAUACAAAACAUAUAGGCUAUAAGGAAAUGAUACUAACAUACAUAAAAAACUUUAACAGUGGGAUUUAUUAAUUGUAAUUUUCUUCCUUCCUUUUAUUUUUUGUACUUUUUAAAAUUUUCAACAAUAGAAAGGCUUGGUUUCACUGUGUUUAUUUUUAAUCAGGACAGUAACAGCAGAUGUAAUUUUGGGAAAAAGUUUGAAGGGGUGAUCUCCCCAUCACCAAGCAGGUGGAAGUGACCUAGGGGAUAGGUUGAACUCCAAUCAGACACAGGCUUUUUUUUUUUAAUAUUUACUUUUAAUUGGAGGAUAAUUGCUUUAUAGUGUUGUGUUGGUUUCUGCCAUAUAUCACCAUGAAUCAGCCAUAGGUGUACCUAAGGCACAGACUUUUGAGAACACACAAAUUUAAGAAUCCUGAAUAGAGGGGAGGCAAACACAGAGAUGGGGAUUGAUGAUUUUCCGCGUGGAUUAAAUACAAGGCACCUGGGACUGCCCUGGUGGCUCAAUAGUGGUUAAGCAAUGUCAAAGCAGGAGACACAGUUUCGAUCCCUGGUAUGUGAAGAUUCCUUAUGCUGCUGGGCAACUGAACCUGUUCACCACAACCACUGAGGCCACUUUCUAGAGCCCAUAAGCCACUCAGCCCAGGGGCUAAAGCCGGUGCUCACAACCAGAGAAGCCACGGCAACAAGAAGCCCACGCAGCACCAGAGAGGAUCACCCACUCGUUACAACUAAAGACGUCCACGCACAGAGAUGAAGACCCAGAGCAGCCAAAAAAAAAAUACAGGGCGCUGACCCUGCAGGGGGAGCCAGUCUCAGACUCGGGAAGGGGUAACUGGGGGCAGCUGUCGUAGAUCCACCACCACUCCAAAGCUUGUGCUAGAGCAGGCUGUCUCAAAGUGUGGUCCCUGCACCAGCGUUCUUGGCGGCUUGUGAGAAAGGCACAUUCCAGGCCCCCCGCCCGACCCACUGAGCCAGGAGCCACAAGGCGCGGGUGGGGAGUGGCUGGUGGGGUCCCCAGGGGCCGGGCAGCACUCUGCGUUUUAGCAGCGGCUGCAGGGGACUCUGUUGUGUGCUUGAGCAUGGGAACCACUGGUGCAGAGAACCACGGUCCUGUCCCCGGACUUUGGGGAACGAAUCAACGCCUUUUUCAGGUCAAGUCCUCAGCUGGACUUGAAGUUAGGCUGGCGUCUCUGAAAGUCCUCCUGGAGCUGUGAGUCCAGGUGCAGCCCUGGGAGUGAGUCCUGCCUCCACUUCCACCAGACGCAUCUCUCUCUUUCUCAGUUGUUUCAUCUAUAAAAGAAAGAAUCCCCCUUUUGGGCGGUUGGGAGAGCUGAAUGAGGGCUUGACACAUACUAGGUGGUCAAAAUGGAGGCUGUUCUUAGUAACGAUAAUAAGGAAUGAAUAUUCAAAAACUUCCAGAGGAAAUUAUACCAACACUAAUGUUAACUAGCAUUUUUUGCUGCUUAUUUAUUCCAUGCUGGGCACAAUGCUAAGAAGUUUGCCUCAUAAAAAUUCAGUGAGUAUUACUGAACCCACCUCAUAGGUAAGGAGAAGCAACAUAGGAUAGAGGUUAUAUGUGUGGACUGGCUUCAGAUAAUUAUUCAACUGUAUUAUUCCCUAGCUGUGUGGCUUUGGGCAAAUAACCUUUCUCUGCCUCAAUUUCCUCACUUGCAACAUAAGAACUAAUAAUAAUAUUUCCCAUUUGAGGGUUGUUAGUGUUAAAUGAGUUAUUGUAUAAUGUUCCUAGAAGAGUGACUGACACACGGUGAGUGCUGUAUAUUAUGAAAAACUGAGGCUCUAAGAGGUCAUUGGCCAAGGUCAACCAGAUAGUUAGUGAGGAACGGGGACUUGAGCCCUGAGCUGUGUGAUUCCAGAGCCUGGUCUGUGAUUCUUGAGCUGACUCAGUCACCGGAAGCCCCAGGGUCCAGGUAAGGAACAGCGUUGCAUCCUGGGAACCCCAAGGUGUUCUGACGCAAGUCAGGGAUCUGGGAGGAGGGGCACCUGGAAUCUGUACCCACACCUGUAGUUUGCAGCCAGGGGUCCCUGAUGUAGCUUCUCACCCGCCAGGUUCUUACUAGAGACGAUCCUUCCAAGGGGGAGUAACGCCCCACUCCCUGGAGCUUCUUCCUUCUGGGCUUGGGGACAUCUUAAGAGUCCCCUGAAUCUAGGAAGUCUUGUUGGGAUAUUGUCUUAUAGUUUGGUAAGAUAUUUUCUUUGGAGGAAAUUAGGUAAAGGUACAUAGGAUCUAUCUGUGUGUUUCUUUACACCUGCAUGGGAAUCUACAAUUCCCCCCAAAUUUAAGUUUAAUUUUUAAAAAAGAAAGAGUAUCCCCAUCAUGAAUCUCAUUUAUAGGGGUUUCUUUGCCUAUGGUUUUCAUGCACCUGCAUUGGGGCUGAAAUACACCAAAAUACAGACUAUCCCAACAGCCCAUAGAGGGGAAAAGACCACCACCCUCUAGCAAAAAGUACCUGGGGAUGCCCAGCCCUCACUGCCCCAUGCAUUAUUAACAGUGAACUUCCUUUGCUUAAGACAAAUGCCUUCUUCCUGUCAAUGGAGUUUGGCCUACUUCUAUCAAAUCCCAUACAUGCCUGCUGUUCACAGAACUUCAAGCCCAAGAAGAGCAUGAACUAAUGGGCAUUUAAGCAUGGUGGAGUCAGACAUGGCGGAAAAAUGUUUCUGGAAUAAGGGCUGCCUGGGGGCAGAGAGCCCUCACAGUUCUUUAAAAAAACACUCUACUAAUAAAGUCUAGUGCUGGCACUGCUUUGCCUUUUCUCUCACGGGCCAGUGAGUCACACCUGGAGAGGUGUACCUGGAUCACUCGCCCAGAACUCAGAUGGCUUGGUGGAGAUCAGUGGCAAGAGGACAGAGAGAGGCAGAGAUGAAGCAGACACAGUGCCUGCCCUCAGGAGCUGGUCAUCCUGUUGCCCUUUCUCCCUCCUUUCCCACCAUUAUCAAGCGCUUCCUUCUCCACAGUGAAGAACCUGAUCUAUGCAAAUUCAAAAUAAUGCAAUGAAAAAUAUUGCUAAAACUUCAAUUUUUAUGACUUCCUGAAAUAAUGCUAGCCUCCCCCACCCCCAUCAACAAUUCACCUAAAAUUCCUCCUAAUUUCAAAACUCCUUGGGUGUGCAGGUUGUAGACUGCAUUCACUCUAUUGCUAAUUGGCAGCACAGGCUGGUGCAUAAGAAUAGCCAACAUCUUUUGCAUUUAGAGAAAUUUGAAUUAUAUGACAUACUUGCAAAGAUACUAUUUGAUCACAGUGCAGCUAUCUUAUACCUCAUCAGCCACUGCCCUUUCAUAUGUAGGGAAAAGAGACCAAAUCAAAAUCAGAAAGGCAUGAAGAAAUUCACCAUGGUCUAGGGUGAUUGUUCUUUAAAAAAAAAUUUUUUUUUAAAUGUGAAUGAUUUGUUAAGUAUUUAUUGAGUUUGUCACAACAUAUUUCUGUUUUUUAAAAAAUAUAUUUUUGGAAUUGAUAGACCCCAAAUGCUGCUUCUAGAGAGGAGGCAAGGUAUUUGAGGAUGUGCAAAUCUAUAAUGUUCAUAUGAAGCAAAUGUGACAAAAUGUUAACACAUGAGUUUUGAGGGGUGCUUUCUGAGGAGCACAUAGGUGUUUUGUAUUAUUUGCUCUAUUUUUCUGUGUACAAAAGCUUUCUCUAAAAUACAAGAGUGAAUGGAAACAAAAAUAUUUUUGGUUUUUUGGCCAUGUGGCAUGUGGGAUCUUAGCUUCCCGACCAAGGAUUGAACCCUCAACCCCUGCAUUGGAAGGAGGAGUCUUAACCCCUGGACCACCAGGGAAGUCCCUAGGGUAAUGGUUCUCAAAGUGGAGGCCUGCAAGGUCAAAAUUAUUUUCAUAAUAAUAUUUACAUACUGCCCGCUUUUAUCACUCUCAAUCUCACCAACACACGUGGAAUUUUUCAGAGCUUAUGUGACAUGUGAUAUCACAAAAGACUGAACGCAGACAUGAGAAAUCUGUUGUCUAUUAAGCUGAACAUUAAAGCAAUUUGCAAAAAAGGAAAACAAUGCACCCUUUCUCAAUACUUUUUUGAAAAUGUAAUUAUUUCGCACAAAAUAUAAUCUUUUGUUAACAUGUAAUGGAUCUAUCAUUUGUUUUAAAAUAAAUUCAUUUAAAUGAAA